GCGACAGAGCAGGCAGAUAUGGCCCCACAAAGGAUGCCAUGAUGCUGACGGACCCAGCGGGGUUGCGUUUCCAGUCCCUGGCUUGCUCUUCUGCGGAGUUUGUAUGGACUGGAAUUUGAACUCAUCCCAAACAUCAGCGAUUGAAGGUAAACUGGAAACCUGACCGCACACGCCAUCAAAGAUCUAUUCUCAAACUCCGAUCAAUUUUGACGGUAGCCAUGGGAUUGACCCGCUUGUUAAAGAAAAUCAAUUGUAGGAAAGAUGGAUCAGCGGUGGCCAGCUCUACCCCGCAACCAGAAGCACCAUGCGCCCCACAAGUUCGCCCGUUUGGACUAGAGGUCUUAGUCGAAGGAACCGAUCCUGUCGUGGACAUCGUUGCGGUCCACGGUCUAAACGGCCAUCGAGAGCAUACCUGGACUGCCAGUGGCGGCAAGCAUUGGCUGCGAGACUUCCUUCCGACCGAUUUACCCAAUGCUCGGGUCCUUUGCUGGGGAUAUGAUGCCAACACACACUCAAACUCUGGUGUGAGCAUCCAAUACCUAUACGAUCACGCUCGGGAACUUGUCGCAGAUCUGGCCAGGAAGCGGGGCUUAACCAAGGUGUGUAGCCACUUAGCCGUCGUUUCUAGCGAGAACACUGACAGCAAUCAGUCGAGAGAACGGCCGAUCAUCUUUGUGGUGCAUAGUCUUGGUGGCAUCGUCGUCAAGAGUGCCCUCAUCCACUCCGACACCGCACGUGAAGGCGCAUUGGCCGAACAUCGAUCUAUCAAAACCUCCACACAUGGAAUCUUGUUCAUGGGAACCCUCAUCAAGGAGGUUGUACCGAGAGCAUCGGCUGUUGUUCCCGGCCAAACAGAUGGCGAACCAAUCGCUAUUCAUGCUGAUCAUAUCAACAUGGUGAAGUUCGCUUUCAAGGAGGACUCAAACUACGUCAAAGUGUUGGAGGUACUUCAAAUCAUGGUGGCAGAUGCUUGUAGCAACAUCCAAUCGAGGUGGGAGACGGAGGAGAGGGUCACGAGAGCACGGAUCGGCCACAAAAUACUGGAGAAAAAAUCUGGCCCAUUUUACUCCAUUCCGUUUCCAGACAACAAAGGCUUUGUUGGGCGGAGUGAAACGCUCCAAGUCCUCCACUCGAUGUUGUUUCACGAUCAUUGUCAGAGCGUCGCUCUAUGCGGCCUGGGUGGCAUUGGAAAAACUCAAGUUGCUUUAAAGCUCGCUUACUUGAUCAAAGAAGGGAGACCCGAAUACUCGAUAUUCUGGGUGCCAGCAUCAAGCAAGGAAACUUUCAACGAGGCGUACCUUGCCGUCGCCAAAAAGCUUGGCGUUCAUGCCACGGAUAAUGAAGACCUCAGACUAGCUCUGAUGCAUCAUCUCCGCUCGUCUGCAUCCGGCAAGUGGCUCCUCAUUAUCGAUAACGCAGACGACGAAGACGUCUUGUAUGGAUCGCAAGACGGCUCUGAUGGAGUUCUCGACUAUUUGCCUCAGAGUGAAGCUGGUGUGACGUUAUUCACAACCCGCUUCUCGCGUAUAGCAACGUCUGUCGCUACGGAAAAUGUCAUCGACUUAGCAAAUAUGAGCUUUGAUGAGGCGCACAGCUUUAUGAGACAUUCGUUGGUGAAAGGAUUGUAUGAGGAGGGAAAUGUGCUCAAUGAGCUUCUUGAAGACCUUACAUAUCUUCCCCUCGCCAUUGCGCAAUCUGCAGCGUACAUGAACGAGAAUAGGACAUCGAUGCGAGAAUAUCUUGACUUGCUUCGAAACACAGAGCAGGACAUGAUUGAACUGCUUAGCAGCAAGUUUCAUGACAGAACGCGAUACAGGAACAAGGAUUCGCAGCACCCGGUGGCCACUACGUGGUUUCUGUCAUUUAGCAAGAUCCACAAAGACCACCCACAAGCUGCUAGCCUACUCAUGUUCCUCUCGUGCAUUGAACCAAAGGGUAUUCCGCGAUCAAUCCUGCCAAAGCUGCCUUCAGAGCAACAACUAACUGCAGCUAUCGGAACAUUAUGCGCCUACGCUUUUCUCACUCAACGAGGCAACUGCAGCUAUCGGAACAUUAUGCGCCUACGCUUUCUCACUCAACGAGGCAAUGCAAAAGUUCACGACAUGCACCGCUUGAAAGAGUACAUGCCACAUGCUCUGCAUUUGCUGAACGGCAAAGAUUUGGACGCAGUUGGAAUGGGAAUUGAGCUGUCUGAUUGCGCCAAUUUUGACGAUAGAUGGGCGGUACAAAGAGGCCAUAAAAAUGGGCGAGUCAAGGAUUCCAUUGCGGCACUUGAGCCCGUUGUUGAGGUUUACGGACGACGCUCGACGGAGGACACCCUGACCAACUUGCAUCGCGACGAAGACUCGCAGAGGCAUACCAUGCAGACGAGGUUGAAGAGGCGACACUUGACAAAGAUAAUCCGCCUCGACUUCGUCGCAAUACUUACUCGCAAUGCAAGUGCAUAUCGAGGAGACGGGCGAGUCAAAGAUGCGAUUGAUUUACUAGAAAAUGUUGUCGAGGUUCGCAAGACAACACUUGAUGAAGGGCACCCUAGGCGACUUGCAACAGAAGGCGAACUUGCAGAGGUUUAUCGAGUAGAUGGGCGUGUCAAUGAGGCCAUUGAGCUGCUCGAGCACGUUGUUAAGGUUCGCAAGACAACCCUUGAUGAAGGACACCCUGACCGGCUGGCGUCGCAAGGCGCGCUCGCAGAUGCAUACCUAGCAGAUGGACGGGUAAAAGAUGCAAUUGAGUUGCUCGAGUAUGUGGUUGAGAUGCACAGGAAAACACUUGACGAAGGACAUUAUCACCGACUUACGUCACAACAUUCGCUCGCUAUGGCGUAUCAAGCAGACGGGCGAGUGAAAGAUGCCACCAAGCUGCUCGAGCACGUCGUCGAGAUUGAGGAGACGACGCUUGACAAAGGACACCAUAACCGGCUGGCGUCGCAAGGCGCGCUCGCAGAUGCAUACCUAGCAGAUGGACGGGUAAAAGAUGCAAUUGAGUUGCUCGAGUAUGUGGUUGAGAUGCACAGGAAAACACUUGACGAAGGGCAUUAUUACCGACUUACGUCACAACAUUCGCUCGCUAUGGCGUAUCAAGCAGACGGGCGAGUGAAAGAUGCCACCAAGCUGCUCGAGCACGUCGUCGAGAUUGAGGAGACGACGCUUGACAAAGGACAUCCUGCCCGACUUGCGUCACAAUGCGCAUCGGCAAAGGCGAAUGAGGCAGGCAAGGAGUGCAGAAGAUCAUGA